AUGAGGUUAAACGGGUUUUCCUUGGAGAUCCUUGUUAAUGGCGAACCACUCGUCGAAAUUACUGAGCCUACGUCCAAAUGCAAAAACAUGACCACAGGACCCUCACAUACUCGCAAAAGUAUAACAGCACCUGAAGAUCCAAGUCCCAUGAUACAUUAUGCUGCUGUUCAAGAAUUUGGUACAAGAUACGCUAUUAGAUUCUCCGCGCCGCCUCUUAGUUGUCAGGAUGAUCCUAUCAAAGUCUUUUUAUAUGUGGAUGGCGAAUAUGAUUACUCUUACACAGAUAUUAAUCCUUUAAAACUUGGCGAAACACGCACAUGUUUCUGGAGUAAAAAUAGAGACAAAAUAUACUAUUUCAAAUUUGAUCCAACGAUCUGGUCCGAAGAAGAUGAUAAGAAUCGUCAGUCACCCGGAAAGAUCCUUCCUUUUGGUGGACCGGGUGCCGUCUCGGUGUACUUUUAUCGCGCCCAACGAAUUGCAUGGAAUGUCGCUCCCCCACCAGAUUACAACGUUGAACCAACCGUUGUCCCUGAAAAUAAUAACACGAGAGCAAUCAAGCUUUCAACGCAAUAUGAGGUUCAAUCUGUGCCCAACCCAACAAUCACACGAUUUGAUACUUACUUACAAGAACACGGACCACCACUGGCCGUCCUUCAUUUGCACUACCGUGCUGCGGCCUGGCUACGAGCACGUGGACACUCUUUUCCCAGCGCUAGGCAAAUGAUUGGCAGUAAUCUAACACCGCAAUGCAUUGAAGUAGUGGAUGAUCAAAGUUCGGUGAAAAUUAAACAAGAGGGUGUGACCAUUAAAGAAGAGCCCGUCGACGAUCUAUACAGCAACGCCGCUGGAACUGGUACAAGACGAAGGAAAAAAAGCUCGACUCCCGAAAUUAUUGUUCUCAGCUCAGAUGAUGAAGAUCAUGCCACCAGUUCCAAAAAGACCCGAUUACUUAAUAACGGUUAUUCAAGGAAUUGA